AUGGAGUUUGAGCAACGUAUCAAAGCCUACAGAUUUGUGGCAUAUUCAGCUGUUACCUUCUCGGUAGUCGCUGUUUUGUCAGUAUGCGUUACCCUUCCAAUGGUGCACAACUAUGUUCACCAUGUCAAGAGAACCAUGCACCAAGAAGUUCAAUUCUGCCGUGUAAGUUAUACUUUAUUUAUAUUCUUAUAGCAUGUUUAUAUUAAUUUUUUAUAGGGAUCAGCUAAGGAUAUCUGGUCUGAGGUCAACACCUUGAAAUCAGUUGGAAACAGAACCGCCCGUCAAGCUGGAUACGAUGCUGGAGUUACCGGAGGAUCAGCCUCAGCUGGAGGAUGUGACGCUUGUUGCUUGCCAGGAGCCGCUGGACCAGCUGGACAACCAGGAAAGCCAGGAAGACCAGGAAAGCCAGGAGCACCAGGACUCCCAGGAAACCCAGGACGCCCACCACAACAACCAUGCGACCCAGUCACCCCACCACCAUGCCAACCAUGCCCACAAGGACCAGCUGGACCACCAGGACCACCAGGACCAGCCGGAGAUGCCGGAGCCAACGGAAACCCAGGAACUCCAGGACAAGACGGAGCCCCAGGAGCCCCAGGAAACAAGGGACCAUCAGGACCAAACGGAAACCCAGGAGCUCCAGGAGCCCCAGGACAACCAGGACAAGAUGCUCCAUCCGAGCCAAUUGUUCCAGGAGCACCAGGACCACAAGGACCAGCUGGACCACAAGGACCAGCCGGACAACCAGGACAACCAGGACAAGACGGACAACCAGGAGCCCCAGGACCAAAGGGACCAAAUGGAAAUCCAGGAGCCCCAGGACAAGACGGAAAUCCAGGAGCCCCAGGACAAGCUGGAACUCCAGGAGGUGCCGGAGAAAAGGGAAUCUGUCCAAAAUACUGCGCCAUCGACGGAGGAGUUUUCUUCGAAGACGGAUCCCGCCGUUAA